GGACCUCCUGACAAAAGGAUGGCCCAGAGGCAACAUGUGGUCUGGCAAUGCACAUCUGAAUUCCUCCGAGGUAAACAGAAAUCGUACUUGCUCCUAUGCGGUGAGCUGGGCACUGGCUGAGAUCUCCCUGUGUUAUCUCAUCUAAUCCUCAGGGCAAACAGCAGGCUACCUCCUUGCUCCUGGUUCACAGUUGAGGCGGCUGGGCCUCAGAGAGGCUAGGUGACUUUCCUAGGCUCCCACAGCCCGGCAGUGCGUGGUGGAGCCAGGAUUCAGACCUCGUCUGUCAAAGCAGCGCCCAGGCUCCUCAGUGGGAGGCAGGAGGGUGCCACGUUCCCCUCAGAUGCCCUGCGCUUGGUGCAGGCUCUGCACAGAGCGGGUGCAGGCUCUGCGCAGGGAGGGCACCUGGGAAGGAGCGUUGGGCUGAAGUGAAUCACACAGACUCCCCAAGGAAACAGAAGGAUCCUGUUUCCUGUUGGACCAGAGCCCUUGAGGGCAUCUCUGCAGCCCCAGCUCCUGGCACAGCGCCUGGCAUGUAGUGAUGUGCAAGCAAGUUUGUGGGUCAAUAAAGGAGUGAACAUUUAAUGUUCUGGCAGAAUUUACACUGUGGCCUGGAUCCACGAUUGCAUUAGGACUCGCACGAUACGAUUUUCCUGUUCUGUUCUUCCUGCUGCACGCUUCCAUGGAGAAGCUUUUCCCUCAUCACAGCCUCCUUCUCUCUCCCUCUGAGCUAGUCGAAGCAUGGCUGAAGGACGCUUGUCCCCUUGUCCCACUAAUUAGAGGCUUCUUUCAGCGCCCCUGGGUGGGGGGGAUGGGAAAACCUGCAGCGACAUCCACCAUGUGCUUUAGCAUGUGUUGUCAUGUCCAGUUUCCCACUGAAUGGCCCUACUGGACAGAGGAGUCAGACUGAGACCCCAGAGGAGCUAGAUAACUCGUUCAGGGUCACCUAGCAAGUUAGAGGCUGACCUGGGAUGGACCCCAGAUCUGCCCAGCCCAAAACUCACGCCCUUUCUCCACCAUCAAAUUCCCUUCCAGCCCCAAGUUGCUUCCCUCCCAGAUACCGUGUGGCUGGUGCAGAUCUCAGAACGUGUAAACCUGGGGACACUAGAUCCGUCACCUUAGAGUGGAGUGAAGGAAGCACCUGGGCAUCAGCUUACUAAUUCGAGGGCCUCAUGAAUUAUUCACGCCACCAUUAACACAGGGGCCCUUUCAGCCUCUCUUCUCUUUCCCUGCUCCGACCCUCAGAUCCUGGCCUGCCCCGAGCUGCAGACCUGUGGGGGCCCCGGUGAGGACAUGCUGGCAGAGCUGGGGUCCUAUCUGCUGCUGGCAGUGGCACUGCUGGGCCCAGGCCCCAGGGCCCAGGCCAUGAAAGGUGUCAAAUGUGGGGGUGUGCUCUCUGCUCCUUCUGGGAACUUCUCCAGCCCCAACUUCCCCAGGCUCUACCCCUACAACACGGAGUGCAGCUGGCUGAUUGUGGUGGCUGAGGGCUCCUCUGUGCUGCUCACCUUCCACACCUUCGACCUGGAGUACCACGACACCUGUGACUUUGACUUCUUGGAGAUCUACAAUGGGGCGUCGGGAGACAAGGGCAACCUGCUGGGGAGGUUCUGCGGCCAGGUGCCCCCACCGCCCUUCACCUCCUCCUGGCACGUCAUGUCUGUCAUCUUCCACUCUGACAAGCACGUGGCCAGCCGUGGCUUUUCUGCAGCCUACCAGAAAGAUGUGUGUGGCGGUGUCCUGACGGGCCUGUCCGGAGUCCUCACCAGCCCCGAGUACCCCAACAACUACCCCAACAACGUGGAGUGCCGCUGGGUGAUCCGGGCCGCUGGCCCCGCCUCCAUCAAGUUGGUGUUCGUGGACUUCCAGGUGGAAGGCAAUGAGGACUGCACCUACGACUAUGUGGCCGUGCUGGGGCAGCCCGGCCCCGCCCGCGGGCACCACUACUGUGGCAGUGCCCGGCCCCCCACCCUUGUGUCACUGGGCCGCGAGCUGCAGGUGGUCUUCAAGUCGGACUUCAACAUCGCAGGUCGGGGCUUCAAGGCCUACUACUUCUCAGGAGAAUGCCAAGAAGUGUACACGGCCGUGCGGGGCAACUUCUCCAGCCCCCAGUACCCUCGCUCCUAUCCCAACAACAUCCGGUGCCACUGGACCAUCCGCCUGCCCCCUGGCUACCAGGUCAAGGUGUUCUUCCUGGACCUGGAACUGGAGGGGCCCAACAGCCUGACCAGGACCUGUGACUUUGACCAUCUGAUGGCCUUCGAUGGGGCCAGCGAGGAAGCGCCCAUGCUGGGGAAUUGGUGUGGCCACCACCUGCCACCACCCGUCACCUCGAGCCGCAACCAGCUCCUGCUUCUGCUGCACACGGACCGCAGCGCCACCCACAGGGGCUUCUCUGUGGCCUACAUAGGAGUGGUGCCCAUGAAUGUGAGCUGCUCCCGCACGGACUUCCAGAUCCUGAUCUCCGCGCAGGCGCUGGCCCCGCUGGAGCGGACCAAGGUCUACCUGGGCAGCAGGAGCUGUGCUGCCCAGGAAGUCGGCAGCACCUUCCGCAUCCAGGCCCGCUUCGACACCUGUGGCACCGAGUCUCAGAGAAGAAACAACACUUCUGUGAUCGUCAGCGUGCUGUACAUCGACUUCUCGGCCGGCGGACGGGAGGACAUCCACCAGUACGAGGUCCGCUGUGAGCCACGGCGCAAGGAGGCUUCUGUCCACCUGCUGUCCGGCUCCGACUGGCUUGGGCCCUACGCUGCCACGGCUGAGCACCUUCAAGAAGCACCACCCAGGGAUGAGGUGGAGGCGCUGGAGGGCCCUGUGGCCAUGGUGGCCCAGGACACCAGUGACAUCGUCUUCCUGGGCCUUUGCAUCCUGGCUGGAGUCCUCAUGGUUAUUGCCAUCGUGGUCCUGAUGCUGCUGUGAGCAGGUAGGGUAGGGACUUGGCAUCUGGCAUCCCCGGGAGGCAGCUUGGGGACCCCACGACAGGGGUGGGACCAGGCCUCAUUGACUUGUUGGUGACCAUGGGCAAGUCACUGUCCCUCUUUGAGCCUCCGUUUCCUGGGGACGAUCACUGUGCCCUGCCUGUCUCACAGAGCUGGUGUGAGGCUCAGAGAGGGGCAUGGAUGCAUAAGAGCUUUGUACCUUACAGCAUGCCAUUAUGUGUGUGUGAUUUUUGUUAUUAAUUUUAAAGAUAUAAAAGAAUUCCCCUGUGUGUGUUACUUGUCAUUGUGGAUAGUUGUGGUCACUGGUGACAGAUUUGAUAAAGCCGACU